UCUGUUACACCUCCUCCUCGAAAAUUCUGGAGCAUAAGCAUUGCCAGUCCUCACAGCUACUCCAAGCAAAUUCAGGGAACAAGUAGCUGAAGAAGAAACAAAGAAGAUGUCUAUAGUUUUGAACUGUGUUGCUUCCGUAUCACCUGCUUGUGCCACACGGAAAUGGAAAGCUCCUAUGUUUGGGAAACAGUUACCAUCGAGAACAUCGUCUUUCGAGCCACAUGUGAAUCCAGCUGGGUUUCGGGUCAAUGCGUUUUUCUUCAAUCCUAUCCAGGAACCCAUUCUCAAAGAUGCUCUCAAGGAACCUGUUGCCUUCGCGGGAGGGAUAUUUGCUGGACUUCUAAGACUUGAUUUGAAUGAAGAUCCUUUGAAGGAAUGGGUUGCUAAAACAGUUGAGGCCUCUGGAAUUACAGCAGAAGAAAUUGAGACUAGUGUUGACCAAGCAGAGGACAUCCCACAACAGAUAGAAAUUGAAUGACCUUCUAUUCUGUCUCUCCCUGUUGACAAUGCUGUAAAAACACAAUAUUUGUCAUUUACCUUAGAACUGUACGCAAAGAAAAUCCUAAAUCUUACAUGAACAGUGAACAUACAUUUCUACUGGUGUUGUUACUUUCACCAAGCACUGGAUUCUGUAGAUAAAAGGAAAAAAUUAUCUUCCAUUCAGCUCUUUCUUCCUGGUAGGAGAUGAGGCAAAACCCACAGCGAAUACCCUUGCAUUUUCCUGUUAGAUACUUAUCCCUCUGACAUCCUAUACCCUUGCACUAUAGGACGUCAAAGGGAUCAACUGAUUAUUAUCUUGUAUUGACGGUAAUCAUUUUGCAACAUCUGAA